AUCUCCUUCGACCUCGCUCCACUCCUUCGCCUUCGGAUUAGGGUUACCUCCCUCUCGCGUACUACAGUUGUCUCCUCGAUCCAGGGCUUAUUCUUCCGCCGAUGGCGACCUCUUCGGCGCAGAUUCACGUCCUCGGCUCUGCCGCCGCCUUCCCCCCCUCCAAAUUGCCGUCUUCCCGCGUCGCCGCCUCCAACUCCCUGUUCUUUGGCCUCCGUCGGCCGAGCGGCUUUGGCCGGACCCGUCUUAGCGCGAGGAGGCGGGGCCAUGGGUCCGGCUACGGGCCUCUCCGGGUCGUGUGCGAGAAGGUGGUGGGGAUCGAUCUCGGGACCACCAACUCUGCGGUUGCUGCCAUGGAAGGUGGGAAGCCGACCAUCGUGACCAACGCCGAGGGACAGCGGACGACCCCGUCGGUGGUGGCUUACACGAAGAACGGCGACCGGUUGGUCGGGCAGAUCGCCAAGCGCCAGGCGGUGGUGAAUCCCGAGAACACCUUCUUCUCAGUCAAGCGGUUCAUCGGACGAAAAAUGUCGGAGGUCGAUGAGGAAUCGAAGCAAGUAUCGUAUCGGGUGCUGAGGGAUGAGAAUGGGAAUGUCAAGCUCGAUUGCCCUGCCAUUGGGAAGCAGUUUGCUGCUGAAGAGAUCUCAGCUCAGGUCUUAAGAAAGCUUGUGGAUGAUGCAUCCAAGUUUUUGAAUGACAAGGUUACAAAAGCAGUAGUUACUGUUCCUGCAUAUUUUAAUGACUCCCAAAGGACAGCUACAAAGGAUGCUGGUCGUAUUGCUGGUUUAGAAGUCCUUCGGAUCAUUAAUGAGCCGACAGCUGCAUCAUUGGCAUACGGUUUUGAAAAGAAGAACAAUGAAACCAUUCUUGUAUUUGAUUUGGGAGGUGGCACCUUUGAUGUUUCAGUUCUUGAGGUUGGAGAUGGUGUGUUUGAGGUACUCUCAACAUCAGGAGACACACACCUUGGUGGUGAUGACUUUGACAAGAGAAUUGUCGACUGGCUUGCUGCUGACUUUAAGAGAGAUGAGGGGAUUGAUCUUUUGAAAGACAAACAAGCCCUUCAGAGACUGACUGAAACAGCAGAAAAAGCUAAGAUGGAAUUGUCUUCCUUGACUCAAACAAACAUGAGUUUACCUUUUAUCACUGCUACUGCUGAUGGCCCCAAGCACAUAGAGACAACACUUACAAGGGCCAAAUUUGAGGAAUUGUGUUCAGACCUUCUUGACAGGCUUAGAACUCCUGUAGAAAAUGCCCUGAAAGAUGCAAAGCUUUCAUUUAAGGACAUAGAUGAGAUAAUCCUUGUUGGUGGAUCAACUCGUAUCCCAGCAGUUCAGGAACUCGUGAAGAAGAUGACUGGGAAGGACCCCAAUGUUACUGUCAACCCUGAUGAGGUUGUUGCUCUUGGUGCUGCAGUACAGGCAGGAGUGCUGGCUGGCGAUGUCAGUGAUAUUGUGCUUCUCGAUGUGACACCACUAUCCCUUGGUUUGGAAACUUUGGGUGGGGUGAUGACAAAGAUCAUCCCAAGGAACACAACAUUGCCAACAUCUAAAUCAGAAGUCUUCUCUACAGCAGCAGAUGGCCAGACAAGCGUCGAGAUAAAUGUUCUUCAAGGUGAAAGAGAGUUUGUGAGAGACAACAAAUCACUUGGCAGUUUCCGUCUUGAUGGAAUUCCUCCAGCCCCACGUGGGGUCCCACAGAUUGAAGUCAAGUUUGAUAUCGAUGCCAAUGGAAUUCUUUCUGUUACUGCUGUGGACAAGGGCACUGGGAAGAAACAAGACAUAACAAUUACUGGGGCCAGCACUUUGCCCAGUGAUGAGGUGGACAGGAUGGUGAAGGAAGCUGAGAAAUUUGCCAAAGAGGACAAGGAGAAGAGGGACGACAUUGAUACAAAGAACCAGUCUGAGUCUGUGAUUUAUCAGACCGAAAAGCAACUGAAGGAGCUCGGAGACAAGGUACCUGCCGAAGUCAAGGAAAAGGUGGAAGCAAAGCUGAAGGACCUCAAGGAUGCUGUUGCUGGUGGAUCAACCCAAAGCAUGAAGGACACAAUGGCAGCCCUGAACCAGGAGGUGAUGCAGCUCGGGCAAUCGCUUUAUAACCAGCCUGGUGCAGCUGGCCCGGGUUCUGCUCCUGGAGCCGAUGCUGGAUCUGCUGGACCAUCUACCAAGGGGCCCGACAAUGGUGAUGUAAUCGAUGCUGAUUUCACUGAUAGCAAGUGAGGUGGUAUGGAUGGAUCAGCUGGAGCAGUGUGGAUGUUCGGUCACUAGGGAUUACAAAUUUUGGCAGAGCGGAUGAAGUAUAUAUAUUGGUAAUGUUGUUUUGGGUGUUACCGAAUUUUCUGCCUUCCCCACAUAAUAUGGAGGUUUUGAAUACCUGUAAGAACACUUGUUGGAGAUUUAUCGCCCAAAUUGGUGGGUUUUGAGUCCAUGCUUUCAGGAUUUUUUAAAAAUAUUUUUAAUAUAUAACGCCGCAUAUUUGGUUUUCUGCA